AUGCAUAAAACUAACAAUUCAGCUUCACCAAACUUUAAGUUAAUCAACAACAAAAAUAAUAAAUCAAAACUCGAUACCACAACCAACAAUGGCAAUAAUGUAAGCAUGGUUAAGAAGGAUAUCAAGUAGCAAGGAAAUUAAUAUUCACAAUUAUAAUCAGCUCGGCCAAGAACUCAAUCAACUUAGAAAAAGGAAAGCGUAAGUAAAGACAAAUAGUAGCCCUUAAAACAUUUAGAUCCUUAAAAGAGAUUAGUCACCAAUCCUAAUUCAAGUGCUGAAAGGGUUGUCAAUAAAUAGAGAACUCAUUCAACUUCUGGUAGGACAUCCACUUUGAGUCCACAAUCACGAGUUAAGCCAUUGGCAACUAAAAAUAUCACUCAAUAGCAAUAAUAAUAAUUGAAUAAUUCAAAUUAAUAACCCACUCCGAGAUCUGUAAAAAAGUAGAUGUUCAUUUCUGGCAAUGUUAAAGAAACCAAGAACAAUUGUAAUAUAAUAAGCAAGAUGAAACCCAAUUUUGAGAAGGGCAAAAGCCUACCAUUUAAGAAAGAGAGUCCUGCUAUUAAAUUGAAUAAGCAGGAUUCAAAUACAAUAUCAUCAUAAUCUAUAUAAACUAGAUCUUCGAAAUAGAGUCUAAGUGUUCACAAGUCAAUAACUGUAAAUAGGAUGGAUGACUUGUUUUAAAGAUCCAAAACUCCCUUAAACAAAAACCUACCAAAUGACCCCUUUUAUUGUAUCGUUAACCCAUAAUUUAAGGAUGCAAAGUAUUACUAAACCUCAUUGAUUCAUUAUCAUUAUGAGCAGGUAAGAAAUAAAUACUCUCCCUUUAAAAUUCACUUUGAGUUGUAAUAUAAUACAAAUCAAUUAAAAGAAUAUUUUAGUGAUUUAUUUUGUGAGCAUUUUUAACAAUCAUUCACUUGUUUGCAAUAUUGUAAAAGAUUAACCCAAACCUUAAAAUAAAACAAUAAGAUUCAAUAUUUACCCCCCAAUGAGAAUCACACAAAAACAUUAGUAUUCGAUUUGGAUGAAACACUUUUGCAUUGUAAUGAAAAUGUAAAUGAUCCCACUGAUCAUACAAUCAUGGUCAAUAUGCCCAAUGAAGGAAUGGUCAAGACAAAAAUUAAUAUUCGACCAUUCUGUCAAUAAAUGUUGAAAUUAUUAUCCAAUCACUUUGAACUCAUUCUGUUUACAGCAGCUUAUUAAUAUUAUGCUGACAAGGCACUUGAAUUAAUUGAUCCUGAGAGAAAACUAUUUUAAUAUCGAUUCUACAGAGAGAGUUGUUUAGAAAUAGAAGAAGGAUUGUUCAUAAAGGAUUUGAGAGUUAUUGGAAAUCGCUAAAUUGAAAAUCUAUUAUUAAUCGAUAAUGCUCCCUAUUCCUAUUGUUAUUAAAUAGACAAUGGAGUUCCUAUAAUCCCCUUUUAUGAUAAUAAAUUUGAUAAAGAAUUAGUGUUUUUAACUGAUUAUUUACUAAAAUUAGAAAAAAAUAAACAAUGGACAUAUGCAAAUAAAGUGCAUUUUAGAACGUACUUAUAUUAAUAAUGCCUUACUGCUGAUGAAUGUUUAAGAGAAAUGUUUAAAGCAUAUGAUACAUAUACAUAUUGA